AUGAAACUGCUCGCAAUGUCUACUACAGAGAUGCCAAUCUUUGGCAAUACAUUGAAACUAAUGGAGUUCUGGUCAUAUCUAUUUGUGCAUAAUUGGCGGCGAUAUGUUGCAAUGACGCCUUAUGUCAUGAUAAAUGCUACACAGUAUGUGGAUAUUUAUCUUAGCACGGAACCAUUGGAUUUUAUCAUUCGCAACGCAUACCUGGCAGUGUUGUUUACCAACACUAUUGUCAGGGGUGUUUUAUUGUGUGUGCAUCGCCACCGCUAUGAGCGUUUUUUGGAACUUAUCAAAAGUUACUAUAUACAGCUGCAGAACUCUGAAGACCCACACAUCAUUCAAUUGGUGGCUGAAACGACACGACUCUCCAACUCUAUAGCACGCAUUAAUUUGCUUAUGGGCACCUGCACGUGCAUUGGCUUUGUCAUCUAUCCCAUAUUUGGCUCAGAGCGAGUACUGCCCUAUGGCAUGUAUGUGCCUGGUAUUGACAAAUACGCCAGUCCCUACUACGAGUUCUUCUUUGUUGUGCAGGCCAUAAUGGCGCCCAUGGGCUGUUGCAUGUACAUUCCUUACACAAAUCUUGUGGUCACUUUUACCUUGUUUGCCAUACUCAUGUGCCGAGUGCUGCGGCACAAGUUGCAGAAGUUGCAGCACUUCCAUCGCUCCAAGGUGCAACAGCAAAUUAUUUGGUGCAUACGUUAUCACAACAAGUUGGCUGGAGUCGUGCAUGCUAAGAACUCCUUAACUACCAAUCUCUAUUUGGUGGAGUUUCUAUGCUUUGGCGCCAUGCUCUGUGUGCUGCUCUUCUCCUUAAUUAUUGCACAAACCGUAGCUCAGACCAUAAUAGUUAUUUUCUAUAUGGUCAUGAUAUUUGCCAACAGCGUUGUGCUUUACUACGUAGCCAAUGAACUAUACUUCCAGAGCUUAUACGUCGCCAUAGCUGCCUACGAAACAAAUUGGAUGGACUAUAGCAUAGAAACACAAAAGACCUUAAAGUUUCUUAUAAUGCGUUCGCAAAAACCUCUUGCGAUACUCGUCGGUGGAGUCUAUCCCAUGAAUCUAAAGAUGUUGCAAUCGCUGUUGAACGUCAUCUAUUCAUUCUUUACGCUCUUGCGGCGCAUCUAUGGCUGA